CUUCCUGUCUCUCUCUCUCCCACCUCUGUCAUCUCGGAGAAGAAGGGGAGAAAGUCAUUAGGCAUAAAUGGGGAGGAGAGAGCAGCUAGUGGUUGCUAUCGCCAUGAAAUUCAGGGCAAAGCUCAGAGCCAGUGAGAGAUAGUGAGAGGACUGCACUGGGGAAUAUCUGCUGAGAGAAUACAAUACCUUUUCAGCUCAUUAAGUUGGAUAAACAAAGGGCUCAGUGUAAGAGAUGAUGAGAAUCAUGGGCAGCAGCAGGGAAACAUUGGAAAAUCAGUAACUCCAGAGGGGCGGUGGCAGAGCAUUAAUGGGAUGCCAUUCAAUGUACUUGAAGACAACAACAACAGCCUCAGUGACAGAGACAUUAAACGAGAUGGGUAAUACCAUGAGAGGCAUCAUUGCCUUCAUUCCCUCAGAGCGCUGCCAGCGUUUCUUAGUGGGCGACCUGAAGGAGAUGCCACUUGAUCGGACCUUGGACCUGAGCAACCGGCAGUUGCGUCGGCUGCCUGUUGCAGCCUGUGUCUUCAAUGAACUAGUGAAACUCUACUUGAGUGACAACAACCUCAGCAGUUUACCAGCUGAACUACAGGGCCUGAAGAAGUUGCAGCUCCUAGCCCUCGACUUUAACUGCUUUGAAGAACUCCCUGCAGUCGUCUGUAGAUUGCCCCAGCUCAGCAUCCUUUACCUGGGUAACAACAGGCUUUACCACCUCCCAAAGGAACUGAGAGAGCUCAAGGAACUCAGUACUCUGUGGCUGGAGACUAAUUGCUUCACUGUCUUCCCUAAGGUUGUUUGUGAGCUCUCUAAUCUCAAGACCCUGCACCUAGGGUAUAACCAGAUACAGAGUUUACCCAGAGAGCUUAGUAUGCUAGAAGAGCUAAGAAGUAUCUGGCUUGCAGGGAACCAGCUGGCAGAGUUCCCACAAGUACUGCUGGAAAUGCACUUAUUAGCCGUCAUCGAUGUGGAUCGGAACAAAAUACGCCGCUUCCCUGGCCUGUCCCACAUGCAGGGGUUGAAACUUGUUAUCUAUGACCACAACCCAUGCGUUAAUGCUCCGGCAGUAGGCGAGGGAGUCAGAAGAGUCGGGCGCUGGGCGGACAGCUCAGAUGAUGAACAGGAAGAUGAAGGGUCAAAAGCAGCGAGUGAGACUACAGCAGAGGUCACAGAAACACACCCAGAGGAGGAGCAAAACAUUUAGGUUCAAGGAACAAAGUGACCUUCAGCUGUGAUGAGAUGUGGACGUACAGGAUGAGUGGAACACUUAAGCUUGAGGUGGUGUGUUGUGCAUCAGGCUGAGGGUUGGUCCAUAUAUAGUAAAGAUCUUAUGAGCUUUAGUGUAAGACACAAAGUAGUCCAAAAACAUGACCUGCUUUAAAAGUGGAAAUUUGAAUCCUGACACAAAGAAAAGUUUCAAUAUGCUUGGUUACUUACACUGAAUAAAAUGUUUUUGUCAUAUUUGAAUUUGUAAUUUUUUUUUUAAAUAAGAUAAGUUGCAUCAGCAGUGACAAUGCAAACUAUUAAUUUCCACAGAUGUCAGAUUUUCUGUUCGUCAAAACUAUUUUAUUUUCAUUAAGACAUAUAUAGAAUUUUACAGGUAGUAUCUGUGGAAUCAAAAUAAUAUGGACAGCAUGUAUUGCUACUCUAUACGUAUUAGUAAUGUGUAUGCAGGACAGCAAUACGUUCAUACUUUUAUUGGUCAUCUAAUAAUCUGUUCGUAACCCUGGUGUCAGUGGAAACAAAAUAUAACCAUUCAAUCAACAGAAGGCUCUAGUUGGCAGCAUCUAGGUUGUGUGAAUUUCAGCUAUUGAGAAAAAGAAACAGAUAUAGAACAUUGCAUAAAUUCUUGUUCAAGUAAAGUCUGAAAUAAUAUCUGUACCUGCUGAGGCUGAAUACAGUGGGGUUUUUAAUACCAGUGAUGGAUGAUUUAAGUCAAUUAGUGCACUCUUUAUCCAGACCAAUGCAUAAUUCAUCUGAUAGAUUGGGCCUGUGGCUUUGAAUAAAGACUGCUAAUGGGCCUUAAUAUCAUCACCAUAAGGUUCUCAUCUAAAACAGAUUGUAAGUGCAUCUUUCCAAUUCCUCAGUGUACCAGGAAAAUGUUCCAUAAACAAGAUUACAUGUCAUCAGUGUUUCAUUUUGCACAUACUGAUUUUUUUUUAAAUGUACAAAAAUCGAUUAUAACAGACUGCAUACCAACUCAUUUACUGGAAAUUUGAUUAUUUCAAACCAUGAGAACACAAUAAGCUACUUUAUUUACAGCUACAACAAAUACUUUGCUUGUUUCUGUAAGUCCAAAAGAUUCUAUGAACAUAUAAAGGCUUCUUUCUAUUUUAUCAUUCAAUUACUGUACAGCGUAUGUCAAAGGUGAACUUCUCGAUUCUGUUACACUGUCUGCCAGCAUGCCAAAUUUAAGCUGUGACAACAUAUGAUGUUCCAUUUAGUUUAGCUUUAGGUCUCAUGAAUUAAUCAGAUCUACCUUUAUUAAGUGUGUGAUCACAACCUGACUACAAUACGGACAUAAAACAUCCUAACCAUCUUAACUUACAAAUAGAUUUCUAGCUAAGUGUGUUGAUGCAAAGCACAUCUAUUGUAGGCAAUUUCAAUAAUGAGUUUCUUUCCUGAGCUUCUUGACUGUUUGCCAACCAUGGGACUGCAUUUCGUGAUUCAGUUUUCAAUUCAAGUGUCACUCAUGGUAUUGGAAUAAGCUGGAUCAAAGGGCUUUGUACUUGCAAAACUGUACUGUAGUUAAUAUCACCCUUCAUUAAUUGUCAUAAAUCUUUGUCAAAAAAUUGGUUGUAAUGAUUUUUUAAAAGACUUUAUCAGAAUAAUAUUGAAUGGUACA